UGGACAGAGUAGGGGGUCCCAGGGUCUGCCUGGGUCGAACUCAGCUUUGGGACUUUGGAAAGAUACUCGAUUUCCUUGGGCCUCAGUUUCCCCUUCUGUAGAAACAAAGGGCAGACUCUUCAGAGACGGUCCCUGGAGCCCGCGGACGUAACCAUUCCCAACCACCCGGCCUCGUGCAGAGAACGGCUCCAGUUUGAGGCCGAGAGCCAGGCCCCGGCGCUCUGGCCCCUUGGGCGCUGUUGUGACCCUCGCGUCACGUCUGGCGCUCUUUAGCGAGGACUGGGACUAGAGCUGCGGACGUGAAGAACGAGAAAGCGGCGGUUCAUUCUUCUUUAUUCCACCCCCGUGGCCCGGCCCGAUGGUAGCGCCCGAGGUUGCGGGUUUCGCGCCUGCGCAGUGCGGCGCCUAGAGGGAAAGCGAGAGGGAGACGGACGUUGAGAGAACGAGGAGGAAGGAGAGAAAAUGGCGUCCACGGAUUACAGUACCUACAGCCAAGCUGCAGCCCAGCAGGGCUACAGCGCUUACACCGCCCAGCCCACUCAAGGAUAUGCACAGACCACCCAGCAGGCGUAUGGGCAACAAAGCUAUGGAACCUAUGGACAGCCCACUGAUGUCAGCUAUACCCAAGCUCAGACCACUGCGACUUACGGGCAGACCGCCUAUGCGACUUCUUAUGGACAGCCUCCCACUGGUUAUACUACUCCAACUGCCCCCCAGGCGUACAGCCAGCCUGUCCAGGGGUAUGGCACUGGUGCUUAUGAUACCACCACUGCUACAGUCACCACCACCCAGGCCUCCUAUGCAGCUCAGUCUGCUUAUGGCACUCAGCCUGCUUACCCAGCCUAUGGGCAGCAGCCGGCAGCUACCGCACCUACAAGACCUCAAGAUGGUAACAAACCUGCUGAGACUAGUCAACCUCAGUCUAGCACAGGAGGUUACAACCAACCCAGCCUAGGAUACGGACAAAGUAACUACAGUUAUCCCCAGGUACCUGGGAGCUACCCCAUGCAGCCAGUCACUGCACCUCCAUCCUACCCUCCUACCAGCUAUUCCUCUACACAGCCGACUAGUUAUGAUCAGAGCAGUUACUCUCAGCAGAACACCUAUGGGCAGCCAAGCAGCUAUGGACAGCAGAGUAGCUAUGGUCAACAAAGCAGCUAUGGGCAGCAGCCUCCCACUAGUUACCCCCCCCAAACUGGAUCCUACAGCCAGGCUCCAAGUCAAUAUAGCCAACAGAGCAGCAGCUACGGGCAGCAGAGUUCAUUCCGACAGGACCACCCCAGUAGCAUGGGUGUUUAUGGGCAGGAGUCUGGAGGAUUUUCCGGACCAGGAGAGAACCGGAGCAUGAGUGGCCCUGAUAACCGGGGCAGGGGAAGAGGGGGAUUUGAUCGUGGAGGCAUGAGCAGAGGUGGGCGGGGAGGAGGACGCGGUGGAAUGGGCAGCGCUGGAGAGCGAGGUGGCUUCAAUAAGCCUGGUGGACCCAUGGAUGAAGGACCAGAUCUUGAUCUAGGCCCACCCGUAGAUCCAGAUGAAGACUCUGACAACAGUGCAAUUUAUGUGCAAGGAUUAAAUGACAAUGUGACUCUAGAUGAUCUGGCAGACUUCUUUAAGCAAUGUGGGGUUGUUAAGAUGAACAAGAGAACUGGGCAACCCAUGAUCCACAUCUAUCUGGACAAGGAAACGGGAAAGCCCAAAGGUGAUGCCACAGUGUCCUAUGAAGACCCACCAACUGCCAAGGCUGCCGUGGAGUGGUUUGAUGGGAAAGACUUUCAAGGGAGCAAACUUAAAGUCUCUCUUGCUCGGAAGAAGCCUCCAAUGAACAGCAUGCGGGGUGGUAUGCCACCCCGUGAGGGCAGAGGGGUGCCCCCACCGCUCCGUGGAGGUCCAGGAGGCCCAGGAGGUCCCGGGGGACCCAUGGGUCGCAUGGGAGGCCGUGGAGGAGAUAGAGGAGGUUUCCCUCCAAGGGGCCCCCGAGGCUCUCGAGGGAACCCCUCCGGAGGAGGCAAUGUCCAACACCGAGCUGGAGACUGGCAGUGUCCCAAUCCGGGUUGUGGAAACCAGAACUUCGCCUGGAGAACAGAAUGCAACCAGUGUAAGGCCCCGAAGCCUGAAGGCUUCCUCCCGCCACCCUUCCCGCCCCCGGGUGGUGAUCGUGGCAGAGGUGGCCCUGGUGGCAUGCGGGGUGGAAGAGGUGGCCUCAUGGAUCGUGGCGGCCCUGGUGGCAUGUUCAGAGGUGGCCGUGGUGGAGACAGAGGUGGCUUCCGUGGUGGCCGGGGCAUGGACCGAGGUGGCUUUGGUGGAGGAAGACGAGGUGGCCCUGGGGGGCCCCCUGGACCUUUGAUGGAGCAGAUGGGAGGAAGAAGAGGCGGACGUGGAGGACCUGGCAAGAUGGAUAAAGGCGAGCACCGUCAGGAGCGCAGAGACCGGCCCUACUAGACACAGAGACCCCACAGAGCUGCAUUGACUACCAGAUUUAUUUUUUAAACCAGAAAAUGUUUUAAAUUUAUAAUUCCAUAUUUAUAAUGUUGGCCACAACAUUAUGAUUAUUCCUUGUCUGUACUUUAGUAUUUUUCACCAUUUGUGAAGAAACAUUAAAACAAGUUAAAUGGUAGUGUGCCGAGUUUUUUUUUUCUUUUAAAGAUGGCUGUUUAACUAAGACUUAACAAUGGGAACCCCUGUGAGCAUGCUCAGUGUCGUGGAGAACCAAGAGGGCCUCUAACUGUAACAAUGUCAUGGUUGUGAUGUUUUUUUUUUUUUUUAAAUAAAAUUCCAAAUGUUUAUAAACAGUCA